AAAACAGCGAAGGAAACCCUUUGCCCCAUUUCAAACUCGCGAAACCUCCCGAAUCCGAGCACCAAACUUGAAAAUUUUCGCCUCACAACGGGCGGGCUCCCGACGCAGCCUCCCACUUUCCACCCGGUUUAAAUUUCAAACCCCCCUUCAUUCCCCACAAGCAGACGCGGCCCCCCACACUCGCCUGCUGAUCUGACCGUCUGUCCGAUCCGCCGCCGUCCAUGGCGAUGGAGUGCGACGACUGGGGCGACGGCGGCGGCGACAUGAACGCCGUCCCGGACGGCGUGGUGCAGCACAUCCUGUCGAUGCUCAGCAACGUCCGCGACGUGGCGGCGUGCGCUUGCGUCUGCCGCCGCUGGCGCGACUGCGUCCCCUACCUCCCGGCGCUCUUCUUCCCGCGGAACGCCUUCGACGCCGCCGCCGUGGGCGGGGGCGCCGCGGACGAGGCCAUCGGCCGGAUGGUGGCCGCCGUCUCGCGGCUCAGGGAGCUGGUCAUCUACUGCCCCUUCUCCAUGGCCCGCCUCCCCGCCUGGCUCGCCAUGCGGAGCGCCUCGCUCCGGGUGCUCGAGCUGCGGAUGGACGCGGCCGCCGACAAGGAGGCGGCGGGCGGCGGCCACCUGGACUGCGUCGCCCUGGCGACGGGCCUGGAGGAGCUGAGGCUCUGGGGGGUGCUGAUGACCAACGCGCCGGCGUGGGGCCGGCUGCAGCACCUCCGCGUGCUGGAGAUCGUGGGCGCGCCGCUGCGCGAUACCGCGAUCACGGAGACCGUCGCCGCGUGCCCCAACCUCACCGACCUGUCGCUGCUUGGCUGCGACUGCUCUGGCGAUGUAUCCAUCCAGCUCCCUAUGCUCCAGCGGUGCCGCCUCGACUUCCUCGGCGGCGGCAACUGCUCGCUCUUGCUCUCCGCGCCCCGCCUCGAGUCACUCGAGGCCCAGGGCUUCACCUGGAUCAGCCUGCGGGGCGGCCACAACCUCCGCCGCCUAUCGAUCGCCAAGAGCACAGGGAGGGUGUAUAAGGUGGACACCGGGAGGCUCCCAGAUCUGGAAUACCUCUCGCUGCGCGGUGUCCAGUGGAGCUGGGCCGCCGUCAGCUCGGUGUUGCAGUGUGCGAGCGAGGUGAAGCACCUUGUGAUGAAGAUUGAAUUCUGCGGUGAUUUUGAUGUGCUCCAGCCGUUCCCGGAGAUCGAUUUGGUCGAUUUCUUCAACGGCCAUCCCAAGCUCACCAAGUUUGAGAUCCAUGGUGCGAUGUUUGCUGCUCUGUGCCAGAAAAACAGCCUGAAAAACUUGGAUUCAAGAUUCUGCAUCCCUUGCUUGGAAGAGCUUUUGAUCACCGUGCGCUCGCCUCUCAAUGCCGAACAGAAGUUGAGCACUCUUGAAUCGCUUGUGAAGUACAGUGUCAGGCUGCAGUCGAUGGUCAUCCGAAUCUCACAGAUGAAGAAUUGCCAUGAUGCUGCUGAUGAUUUCUUUGAGGAGAUAUGUAAGUUCAAGUACAUCAACUACAGGAAAGUGCGGAUUGAAUAAAAGGAGACCCUGUGUGUUUUAUUCUUCAGUCAAUCUGAUUGAGGACUUCAUUUUUUUACUGCAUUCCCUGAUUUUGAUUGUUGUCAUUACUGGAGGAUGCAUGUGUAGCCCUCUUGAAUAACUUUGGAGUUGUGGUGUUUAGUCGAUUGAUAUUCAUCUAGUCGUUGGUUUGAUGACUAGAACUUGUUGAAACAAUUUUGAUUAAAUAAUUGAGGACUUCAUUUUUCCUCGUCA